GUGAGUGUGUGCGCUGGCGCGUGUGUGAGUACUGGUAGCCCCAGUACCUGGCCAAGCCCACCCCCUCCACCUGGGCCCUGUAUCCCCACCAUGUGUACCCCUCUCAUCUGCCCCGGAGCCUAUACAGCCACACUGCGCUGCCCCCGAGAGCUCUAGAAAGCUGGUCACUAACUUUGCAGACGGAUGAGCUCUGAGCAGCCAGAGAAGACUAGGGCUGUCAACGCUGCCCCUGUCCUGCCAGCUUGGAUCCCCUCACAGGGUCCUCCUAGGCUCUCAGCUGGAACCCUGACCAUGGAACCCUGAAGUGGCUCUGACUUCUCAAGCUCAGUGGCAGACCCCAACACCCCAGACCCUUCCUGUCCCUCCCACAACCAGCUUUCAGGCUCCCAGAGGGAGGGGUGGGGAGGGGAUUCUGAUCUCACAGGGAAGGGGGCUUCCAUCAUGAUGCUCAACUCAGACACCAUGGAGCUGGACCUGCCUCCCACCCACUCUGAGACGGAGUCAGGCUUCAGUGACUGUGGGGGCAGUGCAGGCCCUGACGGGGCUGGGCCCGGGGGUGUGGGCGGGGGCGGGGGCCAGGCCCGGGGCCUGGAGCCUGGCGAGCCUGGCCGAAAAGACCUUCAGCACUUGAGCCGGGAGGAGCGGCGGCGCCGGCGCAGGGCCACAGCCAAGUACCGCACGGCCCAUGCCACGCGGGAGCGAAUCCGUGUGGAGGCCUUCAACCUGGCCUUCGCAGAGCUGCGCAAGCUGCUGCCCACACUGCCCCCAGACAAGAAGCUCUCCAAGAUUGAGAUCCUGCGCCUGGCCAUCUGCUACAUCUCCUAUCUGAACCACGUGCUGGAUGUCUGAAGGCGUCCUGGAUGUGCCCCUCCUCCCCUGGCCUCUCUAGGUCUCCUCUCUGAGGCCCGCUGCCUAGAACAGCCAUCUCCUCCCCAGCCCUGUACCCUGGCAUGGAGUCCCCCAGCCCUGGGCACAGGCAGAGUGCCCUCCCCUCUCCACUUGUCAUGAAGGCUACUUUCUAUUACUGAUCCAGGCACCCUAGGGCUGCUCUCAUGGGCACCUCCUACAGUUCGAGGUUGGGGUCCAGCUGGUUAGAAGUGUCUGCUUGGGAGGUUGGUAUACAGUCCUUGUUGGAUUUACUAAGCCAGCCACACAUGGGUCCCGACUAGCUCUCUCAUGGGCUGCUUGCCUCUUCUACCCCACGUCCACAUUUUCAAAGAUCCCAGACCCACCCCCUUUUGUCUCCCAUCCUUUCCUCCCGGUUCCAGCCUUUCCUGCCCAUGGUAGGGAGGGGGCAUCAGAACGGGAAGGGGGGAGCCUGGGCUCAGAGCGGGGUGAGCUUCUUCCUCAGAGAUCUCAGUCUAGCUUGGCAGAGGGUUCUGGGGAGGAGGGGCCCGGUGAGAUGCCGCCUGUGAGGGGAAUCUCAGUAGCCAAAAUUACGGCAAAAUUACUGUUUUCUAUUUUGUUCCUGAGACUUAGCACAUGCAGACCUUGGAUCUUGCUUGGUAGUGAGUGCCUUGCCCUCUCUGAGCUAUUUUGGCUUCUGCCUGCUGCCUCCCACCCCCGACCACCCCAACUUUCUCCCUCCCUGGGUGCAGCUAGAGAAGGGGAAACCUAGAUCCUGGGGAAGGGGAUGAUGUCCCCAAACUCAGCCGAGGGAAUGGGUGGGCCAAAUCUCACAUCUGCCUCCUCCAUCCCAGCCCACCAGAAAAAUGUGCAAACCCACACCCCCAGUUCCUGCCUCAGAUGCAGGGUGUGCCCCAUCAUUGCCGCCUGGGACUGCUCAACUCUCCAGGCGCUAAGGCCUGUUUAUUAUAUUUUUUCUCCUACC